UCUGCAAUUUAUCGCUUUGUCGCAUCUAACCCUAAACUGUGUCUAAGUGGCUCAGCCAGCAGGGUUUUUGCACUGAUCCUACAGUGCUCACUUCUCUCAGAGGGAGUUGCUUCGCUGCUGAUGCUACGAAGAUAAAUCCGUUAUCUCCCAGCUUGUCUUAUCGCCAUCUCUUCUCUCUCCCCUCUGCGUAACUGAGUCGACACCGGUGGCAUAUUGGACGCGCUGGAUGGCUGCUGCACUUAUCGAACCGGUGUGAAUCUUUUUUCCAUCAUCCUCAUCUUCCUCUGAGACUGAAAGCAAAACAACCGCAGUAAGAAUGACAGACCAGGUGACCCAAGAGUCCUACCCCGUCCCAGACCCGACUGUUGUGGAUCCCUGCCCGGCAACGGUGCGGAACGGCCAGUGCGCCCCGGAUGGCUUCACCAACCACAAUCACCAGCAAGCCAAAACCCCCACGGAGCCUGAGUCAUUCACCGUGGGCCAGGAGAUGAAAAUCACAGACACGGUGGAGGGAGAAGGUCUCCUGGAGAGCAGCAUGCGCCUGAAGCCCCAUGAAGCACAGAACUACAGGAAGAAGGCGCUCUGGGUGUCUUGGCUCUCCAUCGUCGUCACUCUUAUUCUGGCUGUGGCAGCUUUCACUGUAUCGUUUAUGAGACACAGCGCGUCAGCAUUUGGAUUCGCCUUUGAUGCCACGCUGGAUGUCAUGUCAUCAGCCAUCGUCCUGUGGCGCUACAGCAAUGCAGCAGCUGUGCACUCUGCACACAGAGAGUAUAUAGCAUGUGUCGUCCUUGGGGUUGUGUUCGUUCUCUCCUCUAUUUGUAUUCUUGGAAAGGCCAUCCACGAUCUGGCUACCAGGAUGCCCCCCAAAGUGGACGACUUCCUCUUUAGUGUGUCCAUAGUGAGUGGGCUCACAUGUGCUGUGCUGGCUGUGGCCAAGUUCAUGCUGGGAAGAGUGCUGACUAGUCGGGCACUUAUCACUGAUGGGUUUAAUUCUCUGGUUGGAGCAAUCAUGGGAUUUUCCAUUCUAAUCAGCGCCGAAGUUUUCAAGCAUCAUACUGACGUCUGGUUUCUGGAUGCCACCAUUGGAGUUCUAAUGGGACUUAUUAUUUUGGCAUAUGGGGUCAAGCUCCUGAAGGACAUGGUUCCCCGUGUGAGACAGACAAGGAACUACGAGCGCUUUGAAUGAGAGACCUGUGUGCCGACCAGACGAGCAGGUUCUAACAUACUCACGCACCUGCACACCUGGGUGCCUCCUGCCCCGCCUCUCUCUGUAUUUCAUACACCUGUUCAUCCACAUUUCAUUACACACUGACAGGGACCGUACACACUCCCAUAGACAUGUAUACACACACACACACACAAUCUGUACAUACUGUACAUACAUUUAAAGAUUAAUACAUGUGUCAGACACACACACACACACACACACACACACACACACACACACACACACACACACACACACACAGACCUGAGAGAUUCUGAGAAGGACGUGAUGGAAGAGUAUCCUCCUAUAAAGGAAGUAUUUCUGAUUAUUUCUCCUCGUCUUUGCGUUUUGUACAAUAAAGCACCAAUAAAAAGAAGAAACGAUGACACAAAACAGAAGAAAUAUUCAAGAACUGCUUUGGAUUUGUUCAAGUUGGACAUACAUCACUUGCUGCUAAGAGGACAUCAUUGAAGCCAUAGCUGAAUUUUUUUUCAAACCAAUAGGAAAGAUUGUAGGUUUUGCUUAAGUGAAAAUAAUGCAUGUUAUCCCAAAACUCGCUUCAGGAACGUGUUUUAUUUGUGACCCUGUAAUAAACGGAGGCUGCCGGCUAACUUAUUUCGUUAUUUAUUUUGUAGUUUUCUGGUUAUCGUAAAGCACAUAGGACAGAGAUGAAAUGAAAACUUGUCAUCACCCUCCUCAUGUCAGUGCAGCCUUUCUACCUCCUAGUUUGUAUCGGGAAGACAGCGAGAGAGGAAGCAGGAAGCAGGGAGAGAGACUCAGGCAGAGCAUGCUGAGUCAGCAAAUGCUGCUACCUCUGAACACAAAAGCACCUACGAACGCUACACCUAAAGCUAACGAGAAACAGAGAGGACUGGAGACACCAAGUACAAGCACUUGUCAUAAAAUGAAACAUAAGAGCACAAAUCUCAAUGUAUUUCUCCCAUUUAUAUUACACUGCACACUCUGCUCAAUAUUUCAGAAAGGAUCACUUUAGAAGUGAAAUUUUUUUUAUUUCUGUGUGCAGCAAUUUGUACCAGAGCCACAGAACAACAAAGAUAGCAUUAAUUUAGAAAGUAUGGCAAAGAGUAGGAGCAGUGAUGGUGGGUUCCAAAGCAGCUUGCAGCCUAAAACAAUGCUACACAGACUGCUUGAUGUGGAAUUUGUCACUCAGCUGUGGUCUGACUGACCUUAGGCUGUGCUUUAUUUAAUUAACCUUUUGCUUAAAGCUUAUAGUGAAGUCAUUUUUAGGAAAAGCAGACAUGUUUGUGUUCAGACUAACAAUUAAAACUCAUGAAUCGUGACGACAUGGGCACCAAACCCAUUUGUUUAUGUUGUUAAUUUGGUCUGGGAUUUAUUAGGUUCAUUAAUGCCGCUUAUUCUCCUCAUUUUGUCUGUAAGCACGAUGUUUGAACCAUUAAAGCAGCGGUGGCUCUAAGCACAGUGUCAGAGAUCACACAGCCUGUAAAAUGUCAUUGGCAGAGACAGUGUUCGUCUGUGCUUCCUCUUUGUCCUGCAUGUUUCCAUUCCGUUAUCAGUCAUUACUCCGUGCAAUGAAUGGAAUGUAAAUACGAAGCACACGGUCUGUAAAUAUGUUCGCCGCAUUGUUUGGGUGCAUCAGUAUCAAAAGGUCACACAUCGUCACAGUGCUGUACGGCUGACGUGAGAGUAGACAAUAUAUAGUUAAAGUACAGACUGAUCAAUGUUGCGUAUAAUUACAAAUGUUUACUCCGUAGUGUGCAUAUACUGUAAAUGUCGUUUUACAUAUUACUGUAGAUUAUCGUUGACAUAAAAUGAUGAGUCUUACUGUAAGUUUUUUGCACUGUAGGUGAAAAUAUCUGACUGGAUGUAGGCGGAUUCCAGCAAUGCUGUCCAAGGCAAACUUCACUUAUAAAAACAAUUUCUUUAACAUGCUGAAAAAGUUACAGGUGAUCACGUCCACAUAUUACCUGCUAGCACAAAUCGCUAAUAUUUUACUAUAAUACUGUAGGUAUUACAAGCUCAGAUAUUAGAUAACCAAGCAUGUAAAAACUGGGCAUUUAAAAGCAACAUAUAGACUCAUAUUCAGUAUUCAGCUGGUGGAGCCAUGAUGUAUGUGCGCCCUCUUGUGGCUGGAAUUGUCACAACAGCAGUCUUAAUUAAUAUUCAGUCGUGUAAAUUUAUCCCCAGCUGAAAGCCUUGGGCACUGGCUGUGGAGAGGCCUACAUCCACUCUGCACUGUAAUUAUCAACUCUGAGUCGGCUGGACGUGGUGCAGAAUUAUUGGUAUUAUCUUUAGUUUCAUUGUGUGAAGAAUAUGAUUAAGAUAUAAAGUGAAGGUGUGAUUCAGCUCGCACCAUUUCUACUCACCAACAGCACACUGAUUUGUAAUGCCCCUCUCCCUCUUUAAUGCAUAGAAGACAAUCUUUACAAUGGCUUUUACUAGCAAAGCUCAGUGUUUACAUGCUAAAGCCACAGUGUAAGGCACAGAACAAACUCAUCAUGCUUUACAGUAGCUCUGUUGCUCAUUUAAAGUAAACUGCUAUGUUGGAUAAAGUGGACACUGUUUUGAAGUUGGCAGCAAAAUCCUUUCUACCUCUCUUCUUUGCACUUGCUUUUAUUUUCAUGCCACAUCUGUUGUGUGCAUUCAAACCCCCCUAAUGUUUAGUCCGGGUGCUGCGACUGAGGCCCUGGUUACUCGAUUCCUCCUUAGCAACGGAUAGUCUCUGAAAGUGUUGCACUCGCUGCUGCCAGUCGUGGGGAUUGUGCAACAACUGAAUGCCAAAAAUGUCAAAUGUAACUGAUGAUCACUGCAGUUGCGUUUAAGUCAUCUAAAAUGUUUUGUUUUCAUUUUUCUCCAUCUCUCUUAAUAACAGGAACCCUGAAACAUGAAUAUCUUGUUAUGAUAUGUUGCACAAACCUCUCAUUAAUUGAAGAAUGGCAUGAUACACGAAAACCAUUUCAUUAUUUCAUUGAAACAUGUCAGAAAUAUGACCACUUCUGUAGCUUAAUGAACUGUGCCAAAUCAUUCAGACCAUUUGUCAGCUCUGUUGAAAUGUGUGUAUCUUUGGUGUGCUUGUAAUGAUGAAUGAACUUCCCAUUGACCCAAGAAAAGGCAUCAAACUAUCAAUUCUGCAGAGUUUCAUGAGAUUAUAAUAGCAAUACUAACCACUCCUCUGUUGCUAUAGGCUUUGCAUGGGCUUGUAAAAAAUCCUUACACUUUCAGUGGUUACAAAUGCAUUAAACACACACACACACACACACACACACACACACACACACACACACACACACACACACACACACACACACACACACACACACAGACAACCAAAUUUACAAUAAAUCAAGACUAUGUGACAUAAUUGUUUGUACAAUAUCGACAUUGGUGGUAUUGCAGAUGAUGUAAUCACUAUUUAUUUAUGUAAACGAAACAAUGAAAUAUCUCUUUGUCAAAGAGAAAUGUUUUAUUGAUCAAUAAAGUUUUAU